GGACCUUACCAACCCACCAACCGACUACCCACCUCGAAACCCCGCCGCCGUAUCGGCAACUGCUCGCCUGAGCGCCUUCAGAGGUUUACCAUUCGCCGACGUUUCUCAACUACACAGCCAAGAUGAGCGGCCGACGCGACUUUCUGAGCAUGCCUGCGCCCGAGAACUACGUAGCUGGUCUCGGGCGUGGCGCUACCGGCUUCACGACUCGAAGCGACUUAGGUCCAGCGAGAGAAGGGCCAUCGGAAGAACAAAUGAAGGAGAUGCUGGCGAAGAGAGCAGCCUCCCUUGGUCAGGCAGCUCCUUCCGCAUACGGUGUUACAGAAAAGAAAGAGGAGGACGAGGAUGAAGAUCGAUUCCAGGACCCCGAUAACGAAGUCGGACUGUUCUCAAGCGGCAUGAACUACGACAAAGAUGACGACGAGGCAGAUCGGAUAUACCAGGACGUGGACGAAAAGAUGGACAAGCGACGGCGAGCUAGAAGGGAAGCCCGCGAGCAGAAAGAACGCGACGAAUACGAACGGAACAACCCCAAGAUUCAGCUCCAAUUCGCGGACCUGAAACGAGCCCUCGGUAGCGUAUCCGAAGAAGAAUGGGCAGCGUUGCCGGAGGUGGGGGAUAUGACUGGAAAAGCGAAGCGGGCACGAGAGGCACGAAUGGCAAACUCCAGGUCAUACGCUGUGCCAGAUAGCGUUAUCCAGGCUGCAUCACAGUCAGGACAGCUGGAGACCUCGAUCUCCACCGACUCCGACGGUACAAUGACCAAUUUCGCGUCCAUCGGGGCCGCACAGAAAUCGGCGCUUCAAGUACGGCUCGACUCGGCUGCGAACAACCCUGGCACGCAGACGACGACGUCGACGACCUCCGGGACUGCGACCUCUGUUGACCCACGGGGUUAUAUCACUGCCCUUGAUAAGAAGCAGGCUAUGGGUGAAGAGUUGCCUGUUGAGGACAUCAAUCGCGCGCGGGUGCUUCUGGAAUCUGCUGUCAAGACAAAUGUGCACAACGGCCCCGGGUACGUCGCCCUUGCCCGGUUAGAGGAGGUUGCAGGCAAGAUUCAUACAGCGAAGAAAAUCAUUCAGCAAGGCUGUCAGAUGUGUCCGAAGUCGAUAGUCGUGUGGGAAGAAGCAAUUCGACUCAACCGCGAAAAUCUACACAAUGCCAAGGUUAUUGCCGCCUCCGGUAUCAAGCUCAACCCUAAAGCGAUCAAACUAUGGAUGGCCGCGAUCGACCUGGAGCAGACGCCGGAUGCGCGCAAGAAGGUGGCACGACAAGCUUUAGAUCACAAUCCGCAGUCCGUAGAGCUGUGGAAGAUUCUGAUCAAUGACACCGACGAUAUCGAGAGGGUGAAGCUUCUCUUCGCCAAGGCCACCGAGACCGUGAAACUGUCGGAGGAACUUUGGAUAUCCUAUGCACGUGUUAGUGGUCCUGAAGAGGCUCAGCAGAUUCUCAACGCGGCGCGGAAAGCUAUUCCCACAAGCUGGGCUAUCUGGGUGCAUGCGUGUAGGCUGCAAGAAGAGAUGGGAAGGGUCAACCUCUGCGACAAGAUUAUGGAGCGUGCGGUGAAAGCCCUAAUCAAGGAAAAUGCCAUGCCCAAACGAGAAGAAUGGAUCACACAGGCAGAAGUAUGCGAGGAAGAAAACGACAUCGUCACGGCAGGCUCAAUCGUAAAAGCGACAAUCGGAUGGGGCCUGGAUGAGAAUGAUGACCGGAGGGACGUCUGGCUGGAGGAUGCGAAGAGCACUUCUGCACGCGGCCAUCACGAGGUGGCCAGGGCCAUCCUCGCGCACACAGUGUCUAUCUUCCCGUACAGCACAACCGUCUGGCAUGCGUCGGCCGAUUUGGAGAAGCAUCAUGGCUCAACCGAAGCUCUGUUAAGCGUGCUGGAGAGAGCCGCGAACGCCUGUCCACACUCCGAAUCUCUAUGGCUGCUAUACGCCCGAGAGAUGUGGCAAGCCGGCGACGCGGAGGGGGCACGUAAGGUACUCGGCCGAUCCUUCGAGCAAUUACCCGGUAACGAGAAUCUGUAUACGCGCGCCGUCGAUUUUGAGGUUGAUGCCGAAAACUACGCCCAAGCCCGGACAUUCCUACAAAUCGCUCGAGAGUCUGCCGCUACGGACCGUAUCUUUAUGAAAUCGGCUGUUUUGGAGCGGCAACUCGGAGCCUAUGAAGAGGCGAUCGAUAUCUGCAACCAGGGCCUGCAGACGUGGCCAGGUAGCUGGAAACUGCAUGCCAUCAAAGGCCAAAUAUACGAGUCGCUCUCCAAGCUGAAGGAGGCCCAGGAGGUGUAUUCAAUUGGCACACGCGCAGCGCCUAAAGCGCCAGUUCUGUACAUCCUGUUGUCGCGCAUCCAGGAGAGACAGGGCGCUAUCGUCAAAGCCCGCUCAACGCUCGACAGAGGCCGCCAACAGAACCCGAAGAACGCUGAGCUGCUCUGCGAGGCCGUCCGUCUCGAACGCCGUCAAAACAACAUCAACGCCGCCCAGAAAAUCAUGGCUGCCGCACUCCAGGAAUGCCCUACCUCGGGCCUCCUGUGGGCCGAGAAGAUCAUGCACCUGGAGACGCGAACUCAACGUAAGCCUCGCGCGCUAGAAGCCAUCAAGAAAGUCGAGAAGGAUCCGCAGCUCUUCAUCGUCGUGGCGCGGAUCUUCUGGUCAGAGCGCCGGCUCGACAAGGCAGCUACCUGGUUCACCAAGGCGGUCGUUCUGGACCCGGAUUACGGCGACGGCUGGGUGUGGUACUACAAGUUCCUGGAGCAACACGGUACGGAAGAGAAGAAGGCGGAGGUGCUUAGUAAGGCGGCCAUGGCGGAGCCGAAGCAUGGCGAGAUCUGGCAGAGUGUGGCGAAGGAUCCGAAGAACUUUAGGAAGGGCGUUGAGGAGGUGCUAAGGAUUGCUGCGGCGAAGGCGGAGUAG